AUGCUUGCAGGAGGGUCGCUCGCGUGCCUGGCCACGAGCCUCUUACUCCCAUUGGCUCUCGCAGCAUCAAACUCUACCUUCACAAACCCUAUACUGCCAGGGUUCUUCCCUGACCCUAGCUGCACUUUCGUUCCCGAAUGGGAUGAUACCUUCUUUUGCGCGUCCAGCAGCUUCAACGCUUUCCCUGGCAUCCCCAUUCAUGCCUCGAAAGAUUUGACCAACUGGAAACAUGUCAGCAACGUGCUCAACAGAGCAGAACAGCUCCCAACCCUAGCAAUCACCAACAAGUCCACGAGUGGGAUUUGGGCCUCCACAAUCCGGUACCACGAAGGGACCUUCUUCGUCAUGACGACCCUGGUGUUCGACGACCAGCCUCAGACCAAUUUUUCUCGAUGGGACAACAUCGUAUUUCAUUCUAUGAAUCCCUUCGACUCGUCGUCAUGGUCAGAUCCGGUCCACUUCAACUUCACCGGUUAUGAUACAUCUCCGUACUGGCUGAGUAAUGGGACCGUGCUUGUCACUGGCUCUCAUCCGUGGCAGGUUCAACCGGGCAUAACGCAGACGACGAUCGACCUUACCACCGGAGAGGUCGGGGCGAAUUUCCGCUACAUCUGGAAUGGUACGGGUGGCUUGGCUCCAGAGGGACCUCAUAUCUAUUUCAAGGACGACUGGUACUACCUCAUGAUAGCGGAGGGCGGUACAGGCGUGAACCAUAUGGAGACUAUUGCACGUUCCAAGAGCAUCGAUGGCCCUUACACACCGAAUCCCAAUAACCCGAUCCUUACCAACGCUAAUACAAGCCAGUAUUUCCAGACAGUCGGACACGCAGAUCUGUGGCAAGACGCUUCUGGCAACUGGUGGGGGGCAGCUCUUUCAACUCGAUCUGGACCAAACUAUACGACCUACCCCAUGGGCCGUGAGACAGUCUUGUAUCCCGUGACAUGGAAAGCAGACGACUGGCCUAUAUUACAACCCGUACGCGGCCAGAUGAGCGGAUGGCAGAAGCCUGCGACGAAUCUCAGCAUCGCUGGAGAAGGACCCUUUGCAGAUGCUGCAGACUACAUCACCUUUCCGCCAAACUCCAGCCUACCAAUUCACUUCGUCCACUGGCGGAUUCCAGCCAAUGGGUCCUACACGAUCUCUCCUCCCGGCCAUCCAAACACUCUUCGGCUCAGCCCGUCGAGACUCAAUCUUACAGCCUUUGACGGCAACUACGCCGGACCCGAGGGCCAAACGUUUGUCGGCCGCCGCCAGACAGAUACACUGUUCACCUACAGUGUCAACCUGGAAUUCUCGCCACAGCAGCAAGGUGACGAAGCCGGCAUUAGUGUCUUUCUCACUCAGAACCACCAUAUCGACCUUGGAGUCGUCCUUUUACCGAACACGAGCUCUUCCGCGUCACCAAAACCACUUGCGCCGUACUUCCGCUUCUCUGCGACAUCCUACCUGGCCGUUCCGCCACCAGUGCUUGUCCCCAUCCACUCCUCGUACCCGAACUAUACGACGCUUUCGGACCCAAACGCGACUCCACUGAACUUGUAUCUAGAGAUCAAAGCCAUCAACGUCACCCACUACGCUUUCUCUGCUGGCCCGACAGACGCCAUGUCGGAUGUAAUCACCAUUGGGUAUGCGCCUGCCGCGGACGUCAGCUUUGGAUUUACUGGGACGCUGCUCGGUGUUUAUGCCACUACUAAUGGACGGAGUGUCAAUGCGUCAUCCCCCGGCACGCCGGCAUAUAUCUCGGAGUGGAGAUACACCCCUCAGGGACAAUUCUUGAGCUAG